CUUCAAAGAAGAUAUCUGUACAAGUUAAUUGGCUGGCAAUGGGUGUGGGAAAGAAGGCUCUGAUAACUGUGAAAGGGUUGCACACUGUGCUUCCAUGGGAACCAACUCCACAUAUCACCAUGUCUUUAUCCAAUCUUGAUACUUUACCUGCUAUUGUGGGUCAAAUGGUGCAAACUUUGUUUGUGUACAGGAGGAAAAAGGGCAGUGUGAGUAAAAGUGGAGAGUUUAUAAGCUUGUUGAGGAGAUCUCUUGCCCAGGUUCUUGUGCCUUACUUUCCAAUGAGUGGAAGGGUCAGAAUUUCUACACAGGGAAGACUUGAGAUAUGCUGCAAUGAAGGUGGAGUUUUUUUUGUGGAAGCCCAGGCCAAUUUGAGCCUUGCAGAGCUUUGUAGAUUGGAUUCGUGCGAAGAUUCCAAUUUCAUCUUCAAACAGUUCUUUUACAGUCUCCCUCUUGCAGUACCAGCAGAUACUCCACUCCUUAUUGUUCAGGUAACGAGAUUAAGAUGUGGAGGGCAUGUGAUGGGAGUAAGAAUGGCACACUGCGUUGCAGAUGGAAACGCCGCCAUACAAUUCUUGAAUGCAUGGGCAAAGAUGGCACGAAUAGGAGGAGGAGGAGGAAAGCCAUACUUUGAGAGAUCAUUGGUAGCCCCAAGACAACCCCCUCGAAUAGAUCAUCACCACCCCGAGUUUUCUCUAGACAACGAGCCCCAAUCAGAACCCAUUUCAGAGCCAAUAACAAGUGAACACUUCCACAUCACUAAAGAAGCACAGGAAGCCCUGAAAAACUUGAUAUCAGCCCAAGACAAAAGCCUUGAUUGCACAACUUUUGAGGCAGUGGGAGCCCAUGUAUGGAAAUGCAGGACCAAGGCUUUGGGAUUUUCUACUUCCUCAUCCAAAACUGUGAAAUUUAUCUUUGCAGUGGACGUUCGUACUAAGCUGGAGCCCCAGUUGCCUCCUACUUUUUAUGGCAAUGCUUUUAUCGAUGCUUGUGCAACUGCAAUGGCUAAAGAUCUGGUGGAGAAGCCACAUUGUUAUGGUGCAAGACUUAUUCGAGAGGCCAAGAAAUCCAUCACAAACAGCUAUGUGAGAUCUGCUAUUGAUUACAUGGAGAUGAAUAUGAAGAAUGGUUUGAAAGAGGUGGAAAGAGCAGAGGUGAUCAAUGCUUCUUCUUGGUGUAGUCUGCCAUUAUAUGACGUAGACUUUGGAUGGGGGAAGCCAUUUCAUGUUGGGCCCCUUGGAGUUGAUGACAUGCAGGAGAUUCUUUUCCUUCCCUCUUCGCCCUCCAUGCUCCAAGGUGGAUUGACUGUGCUUCUUUCCCUUCCUCUCUCUGCAAUGGCACGUUUUGCAGAGAUCAUUCAUCAAAUCCAAGACCUCAACGACAUGCCCAUUGCUCAGCUUUCCAUUCACAGAGCCCCUCGCAUGUUUGGUUUUUGAUGAGUAUAUAGUGGUCUUAUAUCAGCUUUAGCUUUGGCCCCACUGUGCAUGGCUGGUGUGUGUUGGGUUUCUUCUUUUAUGGAGCUUCCUCAGUGGGAAAAAACUGAAAACUAAUGUUGCAUUUUACAUCAAGUAGCAUUUCUUACCUGUAAUAAUGCUUUUCCUUCGUUAUUACUAGUAUGAGAUUUCUUUGUA